AUAGAGUUAGUCACGUGACAUUACUUCACGCCAACCUCAUCCCAUCCCAAAACGGUAACGUCACGGCUCCAACCACAGCGAACAAUUACCCAAGAUGAGAUCCCACGUGCCAAUUCUGCCGAUUCUUUGCUUGGCCAGCCUUACUGCGGCCUCUCCUCAUCUUCAGCUUCAAUCACCGCUCAGUUCAAGCAGUAACAGCGAAAACAGCGAUAACAGCGGCGUCAUGGACUUCCUUGACGAUAUUAUCAAUGCUUCUCCGUUUCUUUCUUUCCAUCGUGAUCUCGUCCAGAUAGAAUCUAUCUCUGGUAACGAAUCGCAUGUGGGAGAUUUCAUUGUGAACUUCCUUGAGGAACGGGACUUUACUGUUACCAAGCAACCCGUUGACGGCGAGAGUAGCAAGCGCUUCAACAUCCUGGCCUACCCAGCUUCUGGCUCCCACCCGGAGAUCCUCCUCACGUCACACAUCGACACAGUUCCACCAUUUAUCCCGUACUCUCUCUCUCUCGUCGACAACACCAGUAGCAAUGACAAAAAGAACAUCCGCAUCGCCGGCCGCGGCUCCGUAGACGCCAAAGGCAGCGUCGCCGCCCAGAUCUUCGCCGCCCUCGACAUCCUCAAACAUAACCCUUCGGCUCCCAUAGGUCUCCUCUUUGUCGUUGGCGAAGAAGUCGGCGGAAACGGCAUGCAAGCCUUCUCCAAAUCACCUUCUUUUAACCCCUCCCCAUCUCCCUACCACACCUAUAUCUUUGGGGAACCCACCGAGCUGUCCCUUGUUGCGGGACACAAGGGCAUGCUGGGCUUCCAGAUCGUUGCAGAGGGUCAGGCUGCGCACUCGGGGUAUCCUUGGCUCGGGCAGAGUGCCGUGUCUGCCAUCCUUCCUGCGCUCCUGCGCGUCGAUCAAUUGGGCGAGUCUAUCCCUGUUGAGAAAGGUGGGCUUCCAUCUAGUGAGAAGUACGGCAAGACUACUGUCAACAUCGGUCGUGUUGAAGGUGGUGUUGCUACGAACGUUGUUCCCGCCGCUGCCCGCGCGGAUGUCGCCGUUCGUUUGGCGGCGGGGACCCCCGAUGAGGCACGAGAGAUCAUCCGUCGCGCGAUUAGCAAUGCCACCGGUGACAAUGAAAAUGUUUACCCGGACUUUGCGGCCCGUCUUGAAGCUUACUCUCCUCAAGAUAUGGAUACUGAUGUUGAGGGAUUCAAGGUCAUUACCGUGAACUAUGGUACCGAUGUACCGAAUCUGGUUGUCCAUCCUAACCGUGAUGGCAAGCAGGUUAAGCGGUACCUGUAUGGACCGGGAACUAUCUCCGUUGCUCACGGUGACCAUGAAGCUCUCACUAUUGCCGAUCUCGAGGAGGCUGUUAGUGGGUAUCGGAAGUUGGUUGAGGCUUCGUUGGGUAGAUGAAUCACGAGAGUAUAUAGAUGACUGUAUAUAUCUGAGCAUCGCUCUAUCGCUUCUUUAUUCAGCGGCUUUUUACUUCAUUGGCCAAUAAAAAUAAAAAUAAAAAUAAAAAUGGAGAAUAUGGAAAGCGCAAA